GCCCAGUCCCUCUCAGCCCGGGGCCAGCCGAGGCGGGGCGAACCUCUAGUCUACUGUGUCGGGGUGGCUCACAGCUCCCGCCCCUUUUCGCUUAGCUUUCCCGCGGCUGGUUCCCCGCACCACGUGCCCUCCUGGCCGCUCCCCCAGCCGCCCUUUACAAGUGCCUGUUGGAAGCUGCUGUAAAAUGUCGUGAGGGGCGCUGCGGCUUUACGGCUGCCUCUCCCAGACCCGAGCCCGGGAGCGCCCACCGCCGUCAGCCUGUCUCUAAGAGUCGGCCCUGCGAAGAGUGAGAGACCCGGCGCUUCGCUGCCCUCCCCGCCGCGCCCGUUCCGGCCUUCGGCGAUGUGAGCUCGAGGAGGCUGCGGUGCCCCCCUGCCCGGGGUUGAGACGGGCAGCAGGUGCCUGUGAGGCGGGCGGGUGCUGGGGGCCUGCAGGAUGGAGGAAAGCAUGGAAGAGGAGGAGGGGGGCAGCUACGAGGCGAUGAUGGACGACCAGAACCACAACAACUGGGAGGCCGCCGUGGACGGCUUCCGGCAGCCCCCGCCACCUCCGCCGCCCCCCUCUUCGAUCCCGGCCCCUGCCCGAGAGCCUCCGGGGGGUCAGCUGCUGGCAAUGCCUGCGGUCUCCGUGGACAGGAAGGGCCCCAAGGAGGGGCUCCCGAUGGGGCCGCCACCACCGCCGGAGGCCAAUGGUGUGAUCAUGAUGUUGAAGAGCUGCGACGCGGCCGCCGCCGUGGCCAAGGCGGCCCCCGCCCCCACCCCCAGCUCCACCAUCAACAUCAACACCUCCACCUCCAAGUUCUUAAUGAAUGUUAUAACUAUUGAAGAUUAUAAGAGCACAUACUGGCCAAAAUUGGAUGGUGCCAUAGAUCAGCUUUUAACUCAGAGUCCCGGUGACUAUAUCCCCAUAUCCUAUGAACAGAUAUACAGUUGUGUGUAUAAAUGUGUGUGCCAGCAGCACUCGGAACAGAUGUAUAGUGAUCUGAUUAAAAAGAUAACUAAUCACUUAGAGAGAGUUUCAAAGGAGCUGCAGGCCAGCCCGCCAGAUCUCUAUAUUGAAAGAUUUAAUAUAGCUCUUGGACAAUAUAUGGGAGCAUUGCAGAGCAUUGUGCCUCUUUUCAUAUAUAUGAAUAAGUUUUACAUCGAAACCAAGCUUAACAGAGACUUAAAAGAUGAUCUUAUAAAGCUGUUUACGGAACAUGUUGCAGAAAAGCACAUAUACAGCCUAAUGCCUUUACUUUUAGAAGCCCAGUCAACACCAUUUCAGGUCACACCUUCAACCAUGGCAAAUAUUGUGAAAGGCCUGUACACUCUCAGACCAGAGUGGGUUCAGAUGGCUCCAACUCUAUUUUCUAAAUUUAUUCCAAACAUUCUCCCUCGGGCGGUGGAAUCUGAACUUUCUGAAUAUGCUGCUCAAGAUCAGAAACUUCAAAGAGAACUUAUACAGAACGGUUUUACGAGAGGUGACCAGUCCCGGAAGAGAGCUGGGGAUGAGUUGGCUUAUAACAGCUCAUCAGCAUGUGCAAGUUCCAGAGGGUACAGAUAGUGACUGUGUUGGAGGUACCUUCCUUCCUGAAAAGAGGACACACUGGAGCUGCAGAGCACAGCGGGGGUCCUGCAGACACUCAGGAGCUCUGUCACAAAGCUGUUCUCGGAAGAGGAUAUUGGACUUCUUACUUUGGUUUGUAAUUUUAAAAAACAAAAAACUAACAAAGAAAAACAAAAACGAAAAAAACAGUUGCUGCUAGACUUGGGGAUACUUUUGAAAUGGGACAAUCUUCUAAUGAGUUUAUCUACAGAUUCCGUGAGCAACAGGCGUCAUGAAGAGUGACCAUUGCUAAGUGCGAUACGGCAGCCAAAAUCAGCAGCUUCCUCCAAAAAUACAAGAGCAGAAGAAUCUUUCUUUUUUCUUAUAAAGCACUUGUUUUGUUCAUUUGUGGACUUGGCACUUUGGCAUAUUGGUUUCACACAUCAAGAUAUCUUUUGCUUUAAAAUCAAGCAGAUCAUUACAGUACAGUAUUUUUCACCCAUAACCAAAACAAACCCCUUUAAAAGAGUUGGUCUUUAUUUAGCAUUAGACAGUCUUGUUAAAAAUGCUAACCCUGCUUUCAAUAUAACUUCUUCCCCCGAUCAGUUCACAACUGUUUUCUACUCUGUGCCUUGAGCUUUGUGCACUUUGCAACUCUGUGACCAUGUUGUCAAACUCACAAAUGCUUCCUGAAAACGUUUAUCAAAUCACAGACUAACCCGCCAAGAUGUCAGGUGUGACUUUGAUAACAGGAUGCUGAAUAAGUGGGAAAAUAGAAACAUGUUGCACAUUGGCCAGAUUUCCUCUGGCCUCACCGUGGCAUGUUAGGGACCAACCUUGUAGAACGUUUCCAUUUCCUCCAUCACAACAUGAUCUCACCAGCUGCUGUAGUGUUGGCAUUAUGCUAGUUUAGGGGACAGUACCUUAGCACUAAAACUCCCGUUUUAAUACUGUGGAGAAUCACCCAUCGGUAAAAGCUGGUUCCUGCGAUGCUCUAGGAAGCAGGUACGGUUAUUAAAUCCAAAUAUAAUCAACGAUGUGGGAUUCCUGAUCCAUUUCAUUUUAAAUGGGUGAGAUAAGUACUUAAAAAAAAAAGUCUGCAGUCUGCGUCUUUUCAAACAUCACAUUUGAGCAUAAUAGAGAAGCAGCAGCACUUCUGUUUGAAGGCUCCCUUCCGGCUGUGGCAAAGCUGUGUUUUCUGUCUCCGUACACCCACAGUGCUAUUUAGUUCCGUAUAAAAGACUCUGAAGCUUAUUCUGAAUUGUUUUUGAAAGGCAAAGAGAAGUAGAAAGCUGUGGCAAGGGAAAAACAUUUUCCUCCUCAGUUUUGCUUAAAUCUGAAUCGAACAUAUGCCUGAGCGUUUGGCUGUGCUGGACUAAUAUUUGCCUCUUCAGAGAACUUGGGACAACACAAGAAGAUCUGUCAGGGAUACCGUCACACUCUGAUGGCAGGUUUUUCGUAGAGGUGCCUUUGCCAGUUCACUUUGUCCUUUUUGGGGGAGCGGGCUGGGUGGGAGAGUUAGAAGUGUGGUAUUAGGAGCAAGUCAGUCACCUAAAAUAAGUCCUCUAUUUGUCCACUUACUCUUCAGAGAAGUAAAAGUUGUCAGAGUUAUUUUUUUAAGUGCUUAUCAACCAGAGUUGAUGGAUUUUGAGGAGGACUUUAAAUUGGGCUCAUUCAACUGUGAGCAGUUCGGACUGUCUCGAUAAACGCUGAAUUACUGUAAGAAUAUAUACAGGCUCUCUGUAUGCCCUGUACAGUUUGAUUUGCUACACCAGUAACAUUCUAGUAUCAAGGAAGAAUUCCAUUUUAUUGUGAAGUUCAGAUUUUACUUGAUGGAAUGCUUGCUGCAGGCUUAUAAAUAACACUUGCAACUGAGCUCUUGAGCGGUUUUAAUGAUAUUUCUGGAAGGAAUGAAAUUGGAAUGGUUCUUUUAAUGUGGAUGAAUUCUCCAGUAUCCUAAUCAUAUACCGAAAUGCUGUUUCUGGGAGGGUGUAUUCUUCAGCCAACAACGAAACUUUCCCUAUAAAACCAUUGUAUUAUGAUGUGAAUUGGCAUUAAAAUCUUUGGAUGCUUUUUGCAUUAUUAAGUUAAUGAAGAAAUAUUUUAUAUUGUCUUCUUUUUAUUAUUAUGUAUGUAUUAACAAAAAGUGGGCAGAGUAAAGUUUGCAGAACUGAAUUUCUCUAUACAUUUUUGCACAGUGGCUGCAGCUUGCUGUGGGUGAGGGCUUGGUGAUGGAAGGCCGUGAUUGGAAGGCACUGUAGAAAGAAUAUACACAUUUUUCCAAUGCAGGUGACCUGGAUGUUACUCAUCUUGGCCCCUUGAGGUAUACUGCAGUAUGAAGAAUCUGUUUCUUUACAUUGUUACUGGCUUUGCGUAUUUAAUUGGGAGUCUUAGCAGAAUUCUUAGUUUGCAACAUGAGAGGGAAUCAGAUUUGCCUCCAUUUUGUAUUGACUAAGCACUGUUUGCCUGAAAGUAUUUUCUUCUCGUGUGUCCUUGUAUUCUUCUUGCCAGCACAGUAUAUAGUUUCUCCACGCCGGUUAAACACUGGCUUUUGGUGGGGCCCAAGUCACUGAAGACAGAAAAUUGUAAAGCAGGUUGGUGGUCUCAUGAGUCAACACAUGCAGUUGGUUUGGCCAAACUGACUAGUACGUAUGUGCGGCCCGAAACUAGACCCUCCAGAGAAAGCCAGCUUGCUCCCCUUGGAAUGAUGACAUGUAACAUCAGUAGAUGAUCAUUGUUUUGAGAGACUGUACUUAUUUCAAAGGUUGGCCUUAAGCUUCAGUAACAGUGUCAUCUCAUGUCCUCUGUUGUCACGGCUGCCCCCUAACUCGACUGCUUUGUUUUCUGUAGGGCAGAGAGCAAAAUCUGGUGGUGUGACUCAACCUACUAGUUCUUAGGUAGAGUUUGUGAGAAGAAACACAAACCUGGAUGCAUGAGCUGUGCAUUAUUAAAUUUUGUGGAAAAGUUACUAUUUUUUUCUCCCUGUCCCUUUUACACGUUUGAGAUGGUCCCCGUCCCUUGCUUUGGGGUCGGGGGUGAGAGCCGAUGUGUGAGCGAGCCUGCGGAAGGCUGGAUGCCCACGGUGGCUAACUCUGCAUGCCCCUUUCCAGCACCACGGCUGUCACUCCCCUUGCUCUAUGCCAUGCUUUCUGUCAGGUUGCAAAUUUGCACACAAAGAAUUCCUCAGGAAGAGUUUGCACACGCAUCACCUCGCAAUAUUCUGUACUGACCGAACAAGGGAUUUGAAAGUUUUUCAGCACAAAAGGAGAACUUCAGAGUGAUGGUCUGUGCACAUGUCCUAGCAAAGGUAAUGGUGGUCUAGCAAACACGAUUGGUUUCUGGAGUUAAGAAGUGAGCGGGAGCACUUGUGUCAUGGUAUUUAGUGAGCCUGUUUAAUCUCCCAGGGUAACCCUUCAGAUUUUGUUGUCUUCUCAUUGAGACUGGCUCUAUUUUCUUCCAUGUUUUUUCUGUUUCAUUGCAGCUCGUUAUUUCCAUGAUUAUUAUGCAAGUGGCAUUGCCCUUGAGCUAAAAUUCAAUUGUCUAAUAAGCAGCUAUUAUUAGAUAACUAAACAUUGUUCUAUGAAUAUACACUAAUCUGAGAUACUAGAAAUAUUUACAACUAAAAAGCAAAACCCCUCCAUUGACUAUCCAGUCAUUGUUUGGAUUUUUUUUUUAAAAUGGUGUCUCAUUGAGCUUCAGAGUAUUAUGUACUUUAAUCCAGGUUUAAGCCUCUUAAGGGGACUUUAAAAUUUAAAAUCAGAAUAUGAAUCCCUUGGCUGACACCUAGGAGAGGUUUAAAAGGACCUUUUUGGUUGUGAUGACUGUUUUCAAUAAGAUUGCGUAAGAUGUAGUUCAUGUUUAUCAGAAGUUAAAAUAAACAUAGGAGUCCAUGGAGAAGUGGCUUUACUAUUACUUUCAUUACCCUGUUGACAUUUGCCCCAGUUUCUGGCCACCAGGAUAUAAGAAAGGACUCUUGUUCUUUUCAAAGGAAAUGAUUCCUCUUCUGGCCCCACUGGUUAUUAACUAAGUCAUGGACACUUUCCCAUCUCCACUGGCCAAGACCCUGUUUUGAAACUCUUUCCAGAGCCGAGUGGUACAAGUACAUACACUUUUUCUGCUUAUGUUGGUGGAGUGGCUGUGGGAGAAUUAAAGGAAAUGCUAAUCAGAGGUACAUUCUUACAGGACCCGAGUAUAUAUUGUACCCCUGCUGAUUGGACAUUAUGUUCAUUUCUGGUUGGACUGCAUUGUUUAGAAGAAUGUUAAUGGCUUACAAUUCUGGGAAAUUUAUAAUGUGGCUCUGGGGUGAAUUCUGUGGUUUGAAGAAAAUAAAUAUUUUGUAUUGAUUCUUACAUGUCAAUGUUGUGACUGUACUAAUGCAAUAAGACUGUGGAUGUUCUCUUAGAAGGGUAUGUUUUGUUAAACAGAUGGCAACUUAAUUGCUCUCAUUAGUCCUGUUUGUCAAUAUGACAGCCAUGCAAUUCAGGAGAAAUUAUUGAGAUGUGCUGUUGGGGGGAGCUAUGGCUGGAGACAGGAAUGCUUAUGAAUAAAUGGAGAUCAAAUGCAGGCAAGAGGCUUCUGCCACCCACCAGCAUGGCCAGAGCAAGGAUGAAGUGAAGCAAUGAAGUCUAGUCCCUGGUGGUGCUUGUUUGUUAGAGAGAAUGGUGGAGCUUCAAACAGGGUGUUUUGUACAUCAACUCUUGUUACUCCAAGAAAAACAAAAUGGUGGAUGAAACUCUUAUUGACUGGGAAUUCAAAGCCACUGACUUUGGCUCUGAUCUUUAACCCUUGAUGGAUUUGAAUCACUCCUUCUGUAUCGGGUAUAUACCAUCACUCGAACAUUGUGGUUAAUGAAAUAAAUCUUGUACAGAUGUCCUUGGCCUUGUUAUGUUGAUACCUGGUUUACUGGUACUUUGUUACAAUACAGAACGUACGGUUUUGCUUACAGGACGUUCAUAAUGCCUCCUAAAUGAUGACCACACUCUGUCCAUGUCCUGUCACAGUUAAUUAGCCUGCAGGGUCAGUGUCCAUCUUGACCUCUGUACCAGUGAGAAACUGUGUGCCUUAUACCUGUGGCGACAUACUCUAUUUACAUGUAUAGCAUAUAGACAUGUGAACAUACGUAGGUUUUCUGGUACAUUAUGGACCUUUAAUCAAAACUUUAUGAUUUGGGGGCUUUUUUGCAUUGAUUAUACUGUGCUUUUUAAAAAUUACUUUUUGUUUUCCUUGAUAUGCAAUUAGUAGUAUCCCCUAGAUUUUUAAAGUCUUAACUUCACAAUUUUAGUUUCUCUUGCUCUCUCUUUACAGGUGUUCUGAGGGUGCCAGUUCUCAUCCUCUUCUUUGUAACCUGAGCUGUAUUGUAAUGUCCGCUCUUUGAUUACCACACACAGUAGGAUUUGAUAACUUCAGCUUUUCUUUUUCUCUGCAUUUGAAUCACUGAUUUUUUCUUCUUCAGCUUUUUUUUCCAGUCAAGUAGAGAGCUAUUUAAAUCCUCCCCCUUAGCAACUUUUUAAAAAAGUUGAGUGAAAAUGUUCUACUAGAGCCGGUUCUUUAUGUGUGUUUAUCUCCUCUAUUGUCUUAUUCCUCAGUAAUCCAGAAUUCUAAAGCAUUUUGAAUUUCAAAGAACAUGGCAUCGGAGAAAGAAUAUUGUACAUAGAAUCUGAGAGCACAAGUGUAAGUAAGUCUCAGCUAGUUGUAUGUUCUUGGGUAGGUUUUUUUCCUGAACCUCAGUUUCCCCAUUUUAACACUAAGCCCUUUUCCUUCCCCUCUACACAUGACAUUGAACUUAAUUGGCCAGAAGGAUAUAACAAUUCUGAACUUUUAAAUUACACACCUAAGUGACCAGUAAUAUACCUUAAGAUUUAGAAAGAAAAGGCCACAACUACAAGGAGAAAUAGGUUAAGCUACUAAUAUAAUAAGCAUUUUCAGUGCACUUUCUUCAUUAAUUAGCAGGUCAUCCAGAAGACAUAACCAUUAUGAUCACUAAGGGCAUAAAAGAUUUAAAUAGCACAGUUAAUAAAUCUGAUCUGAUAGACAUAUAUAUCCCUUUGCACUCAUCAAUAAGGAAAGCAUUUUAAAGCAUUUUUUGUAAGCCAAGUCUAAAGUAUUUAAAGUAUAACAAAUGAUGGCCAAAUUGGAUUUAUCUCAGGAAUGCAAAUUGGUUAAUAUUAGGAAAUCAAUUAAUGUGACUCAUCUAUUAAUGGAUUCACGUUGUGUGAUGACAUUGUCUAUGAAAAUCCAAAGAAUCUACAAGGCAGAUUAGAAUUAUGAGUUAAUCAAAGUUGCUGGAACCAAAUCAAUAUGCAAAUACCAAUUACAUGUCACAGUAGCCACAAGCAGUAAUGGCUUUUAAGUUUUUUAAAUGUAAUUAAGAAACAGAAUUUACAGUAGGGACAAAAAAAUUAUAAAGUACCUAAAAAUCUUAAAGGUAUAUAAGCCUUUUAAUGAGAAAAACGAUAAUUUUAAAAAGCACAUUUGUUGACCCAAAUAAAUGGAGAGACUGUGAUAUAUACAUAGAUCAUCUAGGUCUCAAACUCUUCCUUCCAAAUUUCCUAAGAGUCAGGCAGUUCCAACAAAAAAGUCCCAAUGGCUUUCAUUGUGGUGCUUGACAAGCUGAUCCUCACAUAUAAAUGGGAGAGCGAAGGGUCAAGGAUAUAUAGAAGACAUUCCUAAAAAAGAAUCAGGUGCGAGGGGAACUAGCACUACCAGAGUAUAAAACUUACUGUGAAUACAUGAUUAAAACAAGGCGGAAUUGGCACAGAGGUUAUAAACAGGUGAAUGGACAAGAAUAAAAAGAUCAGCUUGGAAACUGACCCACUCGUGUACAGGAAGUAAUCAUUGCAGAUCUGUUAGUGGGGGAGGACGGAUUAUUUAGUAAGUGGGGCUUCAGUAAUUCUUCCCAAGGGGGAAAAAAAAUUGGACUUCUACCUUGCACCAGGCACAAAAAUCAGUCUCAAGUGGAUUGGAGAUUUACUAGAUUAAAUUUAAAACUACAAAGCUUAGAAGACAAUAUAGAAGAAUAUUUUUAUGACUUUGGGGAAGGGUAGGAUUUUGUCAACAAGAUGGAAAGGGCAAACCAUUAGUGAAAAGAUAAAAAAAAAAUUGGCUGCAUUAAUAGUAAAUACUUUUUUGUUUACCAAACAUGCCCUAGGGUGAACAAUAAGCCCCAACUGGAACAAGACACAGA